AUGGUGUGGCUAGCUAUACAAGGUCGAUUGCUUACACAAGAGAGAAAGUUGAGACUGCACAUUCAGGUUGAUGACACUGAAUGUUGUCUAUGUGAAGAGAAAGUUAUGGAGACCACAAGGCAUUUGUUUGAAGAAUGUAAAUGGUCUAAGAUGGUAUGGCAAGAGAUAGUUCAGUGGACAGGUAUAUAUUUGAUAAACAAUGGGAUUAAACAGUUUCUGGAUGGAAUAAAGGAGAAACAUUGGAAGCAGUUUAAAAUGGAGACUAUUGCGGCAAUUAGUGGAGCAGUCCUAUAUUACACUUGGCGUGCUAGAAAUUGGAAGAAGUACAAAGGAAAGAAUGUAAAUACAAAAGAUGCAGUCAUACAGAUUAAGAAGGAGAUAACAGAAAGAAUACAAUUCUUGAGUAAUUCAAAGAAAGUUCAAAGAUGUAGAGGUUUCAUUCAGCAUUUAUUUUGUAAUUAG